AUGGGAGGACCGUCAGCUACUGCCUCAUUGGUGACUGCCCAGAUUCUCAAAUGGUAUGCUGAGCUCAGACCUGGAUCUCUACCUGCAAGACCACUGGUAAUUGGAAUAAGCGGCCCUCAAGGCGCUGGAAAGACGACUCUAGUGAGGAAUAUAUCGGCGGGCCUCUCCUCUGCCCCACACAGUUUGAACGUUGUGGCCUUUUCGUUGGAUGAUCUGUAUCUGCCAUUCGAAAAGCAAACCCAAGUUGCUGCUUCAAAUCCUGGCAACAAGUUGGUUGAACUACGAGGAAAUCCUGGCACACAUGAUGUUGCAUUAGGCAGAAGAACCCUAGAAACACUUAGACAGAAUGGUACAACACCUAUACCGUCAUACAACAAGGCUGCUAAUGACGGGAAGGGCGACCAAAAUCCACCAUCGACCUGGACAACCGUGCAACCUCCAUUUCACAUCAUACUCUUUGAGGGGUGGUCGAUGGGCUUCAAAUCGUUAGCCGAGACAGAACUAGAAGCUGCAUACAAGGCAUUGUCAAAAGACCCAGACUCUGAGACAAGGAAACACUCAUUUGAGCAUAUAAAAUUAUUAAACGAGGGUGCGCGUGUUUGGGAAAGGGAAUGGUAUCCAAUGUUUGAUACCUUUGUGCAUAUCUGUUGCAAGGAUAUACAUUGGGUUUACGAUUGGCGUAUAGAGGCUGAAAAUACUAUGAGAAAGGAGCUGAAUAAACCUGACGCAGGAAUGUCAGACUCUGAACUCAUCGACUUCGUUUCGAGGUUUAUGCCGUUCUAUGAACUCGGUCUUCCAAGAUUGACCAAGGUCGGCUUCUUUGGAUCAGCAUCAGGAGAUAUACCAGAAGAAUACAAGAGCCGCCAUCUGAGAGCAUCGAUUGAUAAACAACGGAAUUUAUUGUUCUCUGACAUUAUAUAG